AAAUUCUUGAUUUUCUUUGAUGGUUCGGGCUAACUAUAUCUACUCGCGCUCAGAUCAAUGGCAUCAAAAAGAAAAUCAGCUGUAUUUAUGGGCGUGGGGGAGGCAGUACUUAGCUUACUUCCUUCAAGAUUUUAAAAAAUUUCCUGAAUCUCGGUGUCAAAGCCGUAACAAUAAUGCCAACGGGGAGGCGGAGGAAUCCGCUUGUUUUGGUUAGUACAGCUGCAGUCGUCGACAAUGUUCUUAGUAGGAGUUGUUCGGAACUGGGGCAGGAGAACGAAGUGGAGACGGAUCUUGGUUUAAAAAGUCCGAGUACUGCCCUUACUGCAGGGCUGCUUCUCUGGAAUGGAAGAAACUCUCUGGCGGAGUGUUCUUCUGUAGAGGAUGAGUCAACUGCGAUUAUCAAGCUCCUCGAAAGAAGAGGUGGAGGCAAUGAAAUUGCCGCCUUUGAUGAGCUAACGACUGUAGGAGUUUCUGCAUCUCUUCUAAGGCGUCUUUCAUUAAGUUCUGGUGCAUGGGUCAUCCUGAGAGAAACGUCAACAAAUUUGGCAAGGCCAGCAAGGGUAGUGGUUCUUGAUCCACCAGGAAGCCCUGAACCAGCUGAAGGAUCUCCACAUGAACUUUCUAACACCAGUGAAGGGGUCAAAACGUCUACUUUGAACGGUUUUCCGGUUUAUUACUUCGCAGACCAAAAUCCGACAGUUGAUGAUUGUGUGGCCUAUCUGUCUCCAGUUCUGGCUUUGAACCUGGGUAUCCAUGUGUCGUGGCUCGAGUUCUUAACUUCUUCUAAACCUGAUCAGAAGCAUGAGGAUGAAAACCUUCAAAAUCAAGUUGAAAAAUCGACCGCAAGAAAAAGUCUUGCCGAAACUCCUUCUUGGUGCCACUCCAUAAUCAUAAGUCCUUUUCUGCCAAUCCUGGAAACUCCCCUGUCUGAAAACAAGAGUUUAGUGAAUGAAUAUCUGACAGGACGUAGACUGCCCCGAUUGCCUAGGAUCAAACAUGCAUCUCACAUGCGGAUUGGAAUGGUGAGAGCUCCGAGUGAAAGUUUGUUCCAUCCACCAACGAAAGGACGCCAAGCGGAGAUAGAUUCUUCUCUUCGGGAAUUUUUUAAACUCCCUAGAUUUCUUGCCAAGGGUGAUGUUUUUUCGGUCCAGCUUGGGCAUGGGCACGGCCCAAUUGAGGGUCACCAGGCCCUUUAUUGUAGCAGUUCAGAGGCAAACUCCAAGCGAGAGCAUUAUUAUAAGGUGCUUGCUCUUGAGCCCUCUACAGAACCGUUUUUAUGUGUGAGUCACAACCACACUGCCUUGGUUCUUGCGGGGUCUUUGGCCACUCAAUUACCUCCGCUCACAAGGUCUGCUCGUCUUCAUAAGGUCUUCUUGCGAACUCCAGCCGUUCGGCAGUUGUCACAACUACUUGCACCCUGCUUGCAUCCCCGAGUUACUCCACUUGAAUUGCGAUUGGCCGUACUUAUUCAUGGGCCAUCUGGCUCUGGCAAACAAACAGUGGUGAGAUUAGCUGCAGAGGAUCUCGGUGUAAAUGUCUUGGAGUUCAAUUGCUAUGAUUUUGUUGGAGCCACAGAAGGGAAGACAACUGCUGCUCUUGUUGAAGCGUUCAAAAGUGCUAAAAGGUAUUCUCCAUCUAUACUCUUGCUUCGCCGAUUUGAAGCUUUGGCCAAAUCUUCAUCAGGGGGAACUUCUCCUGGACACCAGCAAGGCGCUGUAUCUCGAGUGACAUCUGUGCUCAAGACAUGCAUCCAAGUUCACUUGCCUAACACCAUUCAGGAAGACGACGUCAGCACAAAUCUUUGGACGGAUGAGGAUGAAAGUACAGGCCCUGAAAGCAAAGAAUUUGGUUCAAUCCCACUCAAGUUUGCAGGCAUCGGACAUGGGCUUAGAGAGGGACUUGUGCUGGUUGUAGCCGCUUGCGAAAGUGCAGAAAAUCUUACCCCUUCUUUUCGCCGUUGCUUCACUCAUGAAUUGGCAGUCGGAAUGCCAGAUGAGGAUCAAAGGCUGGCCAUACUACAUCAUUAUCUUGGCAGGAGGGAGCGUGAUACUACGGAUGACACCUUGGAGGAGUCAUUGAAGCUGAUUGCAUCACAGACUUCUGGUCUUACACCUCGAGACUUGCGGUCAGUAGCAGCGGAUACAGGCGCUGCUGCUAUCACCCGGCUAAUUCAGGAUGGCUUGUACUCGGAGAAAGAAAUUUUCAGCAGUAAGUUGGAGUCUCACCCUAUCCUGGAACCAAAGAACGAAUCCAAGUUUACCGGCGAGAGCUAUCCAAGCGACGAAGACAAAGACGCAGAUAUGCGAGACCUUGUGCGCCUUACUUCCAGAGAUCUAGAAAAGGUGUUGGAGAGAGUCAAAUUAAGAACAGCAUCUGCCAUUGGCACUCCAAAGGUACCGAAUGUGAAGUGGGAGGACGUGGGUGGUCUUGAGGAUGUGAAGAAAGCUAUUUUGGACACCGUACAGUUGCCUCUACAACAUAGAGAGCUCUUUGCAUCAGGACUUCGGCAGCGUUCAGGCGUUCUUUUAUAUGGUCCUCCAGGGACUGGCAAGACACUAUUGGCGAAGGCAGUAGCCACAGAAUGCUCGCUUAACUUUCUAAGUGUCAAGGGGCCAGAGCUUAUAAACAUGUACAUUGGCGAGUCUGAAAAGAACGUUAGAGAGAUCUUCCAUAAGGCACGAGCAGCAAGACCUUGUGUGGUGUUUUUUGAUGAGCUAGAUGCUCUGGCACCUGCACGCGGGGCAUCGGGCGAUUCAGGCGGUGUCAUGGACCGAGUAGUAUCUCAGUUGCUUGCUGAAAUUGAUGGAGUAAGCGACAACUCACAAGAUUUGUUCAUCAUUGGAGCAAGCAAUAGGCCCGAUCUCAUCGACCCAGCUUUGUUACGACCUGGCCGAUUCGACAAGUUGUUGUACGUGGGAGUAAGCUCAGACAAUUCGUACAGAGAGCGGGUGCUACAAGCUCUUACUCGGAAAUUUAUAUUGGAUAAGAACGUGUCCUUAAAAGCUCUUUCAGAGAGAUGCCCCGUGAACUACACUGGUGCAGAUAUGUAUGCAUUGUGUGCUGAUGCGUGGCACCAAGCGGUUAAACGCGAGGUCUCAAAAUCUGAACGGAGACGUGGAGGCAGCAGCGACAAUGUCAUUGAUGAAGUGGUUGUCAAGCAAGAAGACUUCAUGAAGGCUAUGGGAGACUUGACACCAUCCUUGUCAAAAGCAGAACUUGAUCGAUACGAGAGACUUAGGCUUCAGUUCCAAGGUCAAGGCCAACAGCAGCGGCAAGCUUCUGCCACGUUAUCAUGAGUCUGUUGCUCGCAAGCUGUGCUUCACUGAAUUCAGUUAAAGGCUGCAUUUCAACAAGUCCAUCGGCAGGGAUCACUAUUUCCCACCGGAAGCAAAGCAAAAGGUUCUGUCAAGCGGGGACAACUACAGUACGGAGCUGAGAGCACAGGAGUGGAAGAUGAUCGAUGGCAGUACCACAGUCAAAGCAGGUGACAUGCUAUAUCGAGUUAAAGUAAGCAGACAAGUAUGAAAGCGAGUGCGUGUGCGUUGUGUGCAAGGAUAAAGACAGUGACAGUUAGAGAGUAAUAAAGGGCAGGGGAGAAACACAUGAAUCACGAGAAGAGUAAAUUAAACGGAAUGGCUCGAUGUCGCUUAUCGAAGGCCGAGAAGUACCUGGUUGGCCACAUGGAAUAUGGCGCCAGUUCCCUUUUCCGCCGAAACAGAGAUAUUUAUGACCCAAAGUCAGGACCCACCGCCAAACCAUAUGGGUUUUGCCACUUGGAGCCUUCUUACCACAAUGGCAUUUGAACCCAACAGGUGGGAAAUAUCGUUAUCUGUCAUCCACCUACUAGGAGGCACGACACUCUCGGACUCCGUUAUUCUUGUUCAACGAUGAUGACAUGUUCUUUAUGCCAUUGACCUGGUAGGUAAUCCCAGCCAGUCGUGUUUCGGGCUUCAACAGCUCAGAUCGGCUCAUACCGUGGCCCUCACUUGCUCUUUGCCUUAACAUAGAUCCUCCCAUCUUCCAUUCAGACACGUCUCUCAAUCUUGCAUCACUGUGCUUAUCGCCCCUCCGUCUUCUGUCACCCCGCGCUCGACUUCAUAGUUUGUCAGACGAGAGAACAUACGACUCUGAUUGAUGGUUCGGCCUGUCGCCAUGUGAUCCUACUUCUUGACUGUUUUGCACUUGAUUUUGCGCUUUCCCGUAGACGUAUGAACUCGAAGCAUUAGAGCUUGACCUCUCGCCCUCGCGCGGAUCGUCUUCGGCUCCGGCUCGUCCCUCCCGGACACGUUCGAGCCUGGAAUGUAUUCAUGGUCGCACAGUGCAGGGCAGCCUCGGCGAAUCUUUAACUCGGCUUCUAUUGUUGGAACUGAGCCGAUCAAGAGGCUUUCCGCACUCUUCUCGAGCACACGUCAAAACCGCCAGGUCUGCAUGAUUCGCUGCACAUUCCUCUGGACUCUUACAUCAUAACCACGGUCGCUUGCUAAACGUGAUGAUUCCGAGCUCAUCUGCUUCUAAUCUCUUCCAGACACGUUCACGACCAGCAGCACUAAUUGUCGUCUUACAGCCCACGCUAAUAAUAGUUUGUCCUUCAUUCUACUUCCUCCUCCUUAUCUCCGGUCCGUAACUUUUCCGCAUCCGUAUAAUCAUACGGUCUGAGGUUUCGU